AUGGAGGCCAGCCGUGCCAAGAGAGAGGCUUCAAGUUCACCAAUGGAUCCUCGACGCCAAGCCCGUGGAUGGCUUGCCAAGAACUGCCACUUUGACCACCCACGGUCGCCCGAUGCCAAGAUGGCGUUUGGGAAAAGCCCGAGAUUGCUUUGCUCGAGCACGUUGACGGGGUUGCGCCCGGAGGUUGACAAUCUAAGCGAUAUGAAGUGA